AGCAUUGCAUUGCAGUACAGUCACACAGAACAGCAGCAUCUUCAAGGAGAGGAGGAGGUUCAACUUUUGGGGUUGCAUAUAAAACAGUAUACCACUGAGCCAUUCAAACACACAAUAAGGAGAGGCUUAAGGAGACUAAGGCCCAUUUUUUUUUUAACAACUCUGAAUCAAUAUUCUCUUCUGGAGUUAAGACGAAGAUACUGAGAUUGUUUCUUCCACGUCUGCUUUGAAUGUAAGAGACACCAACCGGAAAAAAAGAACUGUGAUUCACCAAGAAGACUGUGUUUUUUUUUUUAUUUUCGUUUUGCCAAAAAAAAGACAAACAAAAGCAUCUAAACAAGCAACACAUUCCCACAAUCGAAGGAGCUAAAUUCUAACUUUCUUUGCACAUUAAGAAUGGUUACUCAGAUAAUUAGCACAAUGGAAACUCAGGUGUCCAAUGGCCCGACUGCCAACAGCCUCCCUAAUGGCCCUGUGGUCAGCACGAAUGGUUCCACAGAUGAUAGCAAGACCAACCUGAUCGUCAACUACCUUCCUCAGAAUAUGACACAAGAGGAAUUCAAGAGCCUUUUUGGCAGCAUUGGGGAAAUCGAAUCCUGCAAGCUUGUCAGAGACAAAAUUACAGGUCAGAGUUUAGGUUAUGGCUUUGUGAACUAUGUUGACCCUAAUGAUGCAGACAAAGCUAUCAACACGCUAAAUGGACUCAAACUACAAACCAAAACCAUUAAGGUAUCAUACGCCCGACCUAGUUCAGCUUCCAUCCGUGAUGCCAACCUUUAUGUUAGUGGACUCCCAAAGACAAUGAGUCAAAAAGAAAUGGAGCAGCUAUUUUCACAAUAUGGCCGGAUCAUCACCUCUCGAAUCCUGGUGGACCAGGUGACAGCAGGCAUAUCGCGAGGGGUAGGAUUUAUCCGGUUUGACAAACGCAAUGAGGCAGAGGAAGCCAUCAAAGGUUUGAAUGGACAGAAACCUCUGGGUGCUGCCGAACCUAUCACUGUGAAGUUUGCAAACAACCCCAGCCAGAAAACGGGCCAGGCGCUGUUGACCCAGCUGUAUCAGACAGCUGCACGACGAUACACCGGACCCUUGCACCACCAAACACAGAGAUUCAGGCUGGACAAUUUACUAAACAUGGCCUACGGAGUCAAGAGCUCUCCUUCUCUUCUCCCCAGGUUCUCCCCGAUCACCAUUGACAGUAUGACCAGCCUUGCCGGCGUCAAUCUGACAGGUCCAACCGGAGCUGGCUGGUGCAUCUUUGUGUAUAACUUGUCCCCGGAAGCUGAUGAAAGUGUCUUGUGGCAGCUGUUUGGGCCUUUUGGUGCCGUUACCAAUGUGAAGGUCAUCCGCGACUUUACCACCAACAAGUGCAAAGGUUUUGGCUUUGUCACCAUGACCAACUAUGACGAGGCAGCCAUGGCCAUUGCAAGUCUGAACGGCUACAGGCUGGGAGACCGGGUACUUCAAGUUUCCUUCAAGACAAGCAAGCAACACAAAGCGUGAAGAAGAAGCAAUUGCAAAGAAAACAAAAUGAGAAUCAUGUUGGGGGAUGAAGGAAAUCUCGUAGGGAAGCACGAAUUUAAAUUUUUAAAUUUUUCUUUUUGAAAAAA